AUGGCGGCCGUGCGGGUGGAGGCGGUGCUGGCGGCCGCCGAGGAGCAGGAGGCGGAGAAGCGGCGGAGCAUCACGGUGGAAAAGGAACUGGAGCUGGAGUACGACCUGGGCAAUUUGCUAGCGGUGGACCGCAACCCCCCGUCGGCGGCUGCGCUGCGCGGGUCCGGCCCGCGGCGGGAGGCUCUGCUGCGGGCCCUGGCACGCGACAACACGCAGCUGCUCGUGUCCCGGCUCUGGGAGCUGCCGGCCGAGCGCGCCGGCGGCGCCGGGGGCCCGCUGGUGGCGCAGCUGCCCGAGCCCGCAUUCCGCCUGCCGCGGGAGAAACCGCCGCCGAAACCGCGGCCGCCGACGCGCUGGGAGCAGUUCGCGCGGCUGAAAGGCAUCCGCCGCAAGAAGAAAACCUCGCUGGUGUGGGACGAGCAGGCCAAGGAGUGGCGGCGGCGCUGGGGCUACCGGCGGGCGGGCGGAGACCCGUCCCGCGCCUGGCUGGCGGAGGUGCCGGCGGGCGCCGACCCCGAGGAGGACCAGUUCGCCCGGCUGCGGCGGGAGAAGCGGGAGCGGGUGGCGCGCAACGAGCUGAACCGGCUGCGCAACCUGGCCCGAGCCCACCGCGCCGGGAGCGCCGUGCCCGCCGCGCCCCUGCACCCCACCGGCCACCAGGACCGCGACGAGCUGCGCAGGGUCGCCCGCGUCGCCCGCGUCUCCACCGCCUCGCUCGGCCGCUUCCAGCCGCGCCUGCCGAAGGAGUCGGCGGAGCCGCCCUCCCGCAGCGGCGGCAAGAAGCGCCGCUUCGAGCCGCUGCUGGGCAACCUGGCGGCCGAGCGCAGCCGGCAGCUGGAGCUGCUGCGGGACAUGGGCAGCAAGAAGCCGGUGCUCGACAUCACCCGUGCCGUCAACAAGCAGAUGCGGCAGGAGGAAGCCGAGGCGGCCGCAGCCAACAAGGGCAAGAAGCAGUCGAAGCGGGGCAAGCGCGGCCGCCGGCAGCAGCGGCCUGGGCGCAGCGGCAAGAAGAGCGGAGGCCGGCGGCAGCCCCAGCAGCAGAAGCCUGCGGGCGGUGGCACCGGCGGGGGCAGGAGAAAGAAGGCGUGAGGGACAGUGUGUAGCACGGGCUGGGGAUGCCCACCGAGGCGUGGGACGGGACUGUCGCUGCCA